GCAGCUUUCUUGGCAGCCACCCAACAAAGUGUGCAAUAUGUGCGAGAAAACGGCGACAGCGCGCGCGGUGUCGGAGAAAUUGAUUAAACAAAACACUUAAAUCUGGCCCAUCAUCAACCUUUUUUUCCUAUCCUUAUUGCUCCCCCUUACGUUAAUCGGCGCCGAACUUUAAGCGAUCCUUUGCAAGUCACGAAAAGGCAAAAAUCCGCAUAAUCAGCGAUGGUGACGAUGCAUCCCGGCACGGUGUACCGUAAUCCGCCGUCAACGACGACAUCCGCGUCGUCGUCAGCCAAUAUCGACACAUUAAACGACUGCUCGGCCGUCGCCGCCGCCGCUGCCGCCGCGGCCAGUUGCUCCCAGUCCUCCGCACCGUAUUAUAAUAAUUCAGCAUAUUUUGUCCAGAAUUCCAAUAAUUCCUCCUCCACGGCGCAAAUGUACCAGAAUCUCUAUCAAUCCCAGUUUUAUCCGUCCUCGGGAGGAUCGCGGAAUGCCGCGGCGCUGGACGGAUAUAAUCCCUAUGCCAACCUCAAUACGGCGACAUAUUCCCGGGGAUUCCAUGGAAAUACCGGGAAUAACACUCCCACCGCGCCCUUCUACACCACCACGACAAACGGGUAUAAUCCAUAUUCGGUGAGCGCCUGCAGUUUGGCCAGUAUCGGCGCGAGUGGUUCGGUGGGGACGCAUUCCUUAAUGAACAAUAAGGACAUGGUCAAGCCGCCCUACUCCUACAUUGCCCUGAUAACAAUGGCCAUAAUGCACGCACCUGACAAGAAAAUCACUCUGAAUGGCAUCUACCAGUUCAUCAUGGAGAAGUUCCCUUUUUAUCGUGAGAACAAACAGGGCUGGCAAAAUUCCAUCCGGCACAAUUUGUCCCUAAACGAGUGCUUCGUCAAAGUGGCCCGUGACGACAAGAAACCCGGUAAAGGCAGCUACUGGACCCUCGACCCCGACAGCUUCAAUAUGUUCGAGAACGGCAGCUACCUGCGCCGCCGGCGGCGUUUUAAGAAGAAGGACGUCGUCAAGGACAAACUGGACGGUGACCUCGAGCCUAGCCCCUCCGCCGGUGACCUCAAAGACGACGCCAAACUCGACCAGGAUCCGCCCAAGAAACCCUCGAAGAUCAAAAAAGAGAAGCCCGACCCGCCGCCCCCAGUUCCGGCGGCCGCCCUCUCCCUCAGCGAUUCCCAUUCCCGCUCGCCGACGCCCAUCACCCUGUCCGCCUUGCAACAGGCGGCCAGCAGUGCGGCGGCGGCAGGGGCCCGCUCGGCGCAGUACGCUCCGGUGAGCAGUUUCAACAGCGGGACGGGCUACCUGGAUUAUGCCACGCCCACGACGUACGGGUCGGAGAACCAGGGCGGGCAUACGACGACCCCGGUGAAUUGGUAUCAGCCGUGGAGUGGGAACGGGGGAACAGACUCGGGGAUGUAUGAUAUUAGUGGGUAUUAUCCGGGGAAUGGGAGCGCACCGCCGACGGCCGCUUACUAUCAUACGCUGAAUUCACUGCAGAAUGUCCAGCUGUAUAGUGGGCCGUUGGAUACGUCGCAGGAUAAAUUUGAAUGACAACAAUACUCUGUUACGGAGAAGCAAUUAUCCCGUGAAUAAUUCCGGUUUUUCCUUGUAGAGUGCGUGGAAAAUUAUUGUUUGGUUCCUAUCAUGGAUUUUUUGCACAGAGUGGGUUAGUGGUGUUGCAUUACAGCCGACCGCGGCACCGUUCACAUGGUCCAGCCCGACAUGAAACGAGCCGGCAAACAUUUGCUUAAUUAAUCGUUUGUUCCUUUUGAUGAUGUGAUUGAUGUUCAUCGAUUACAUGCUCUGGGUCACAUCAUAAUCACUGCACUGUGUAUCUUGGUUGUUCUGACAGUCUCGGUUGUCGGCAUGUUUGACUCUACCUAUCCUGAGUAUCCUCCAUGA